AUGGUCAAGAUUGCAGUUGCUGGGGGCUCCGGCAAUAUUGGACAGGGGAUUGUCGAUGCGCUUAUUGCUUCUCAAAAUCAUGAAGUCGUCAUUCUAUCUAGAAAGGAUGCGCCGACUGAAACCGUCCAGGGUUUUCUCUCCGCACAGGGAGAAACCGCCCAGACGAACCUCAUUGAUGCCGCAGUUGAAGCUGGCGUAAAUCGUUUUGCACCGAGCGAAUGGGCAGGAUCCGGAAUUCCCGAAUCCAUGCCCUGGUAUGCUUACAAGGGAAGAACCCGUCAAUAUCUGGAAGAGCUGAACAAGGAAAAAACGGUCCUUGAGUACACGCUCUUCCAGCCAGGCUUCCUCAUGAACUACUUAACCCGACCAUACAAGUCGUCCAAACACGUUCACCAGCUCGAUAUUCACUGGGAUCUAGAGAAGCGCCGAGUUCUCAUGAUGGAGGAAGGCGAUAAUGACCGUAUAACUCUAACCACCGUGCAAGAUAUCGCGAAUGUUGUCACCAGAGCUAUUGAUUACGAGGGUAAGUGGCCAACUGUGGGUGGUAUGAAGGGCACCGACAUGACUAUGAGAGAGCUCCUCGCCCUCGCCGAGGAAGUUCGCGGUGCGCCCUUUGCUGUAGAGAGGCUGAAAGCAAAAGAGCUUGAAACAGGGGACUGGAAGAGCUCAUGGGUACCGAAAAUGGAUCACCCGUCAGUUCCGGUAGAGCAACAGGAGAUUUUUGCACGAUUUGGAGUGGCCGGUGUCCUUCGGGGAUUUAGGGAAAACAGUUUUCAUUCUUCUGAUGAGUGGAAUCGUUUACUUCCAGCCUAUCAUUUCACGGAUGCCAAGCAGUUUUUGACUGAAGCCUGGAAAAAUGAAUCGAUAGCUAAGCGAAGGAAGCUGCGCAAGGGUACGCAGAGUUGCUGGGAGUGCAAGCGGCGAAAGGUCCGCUGCGUCUUCACUUUGCCAUCCAACAUUAUCUGCGACAACUGUCAGCGACGCAAUACAACAUGCAUUGGACAGGAGCAUCCAGAUCAACCGCGUGUAAGUUCAAUUCACGAUCCAAUCGAGGAUCGACUUGGCCGAGUGGAGGACUUUAUCCAGCAGCUGGCCAAGAAUCUUGGCAUGGUGCAUGAUGCCCACUCUAGGGCAGCAGAAGUGUCGAAAGUCGCCUUGCCUUCGUUUCAAGGGCAAGAAGCUCAAAUUGCCCCGUCAAUAGAACCACCAGAGCCAGCGAAACCUAAUUCACCGUUCGAUACAGUGACAUCUAGUGACUCUUGGUUGAAGCCUUUCUCAUCAAUUUCAACCAGCUCUGAACACUAUCACAUACCAGCAUCUGGCAAAUAUGUGGAACUGGUUCGCGAGCUCGUCACCGCCUGGCCCAGUCAGGCUGAUAUUGACAUCAUUUGUACUCUCCCAGUAGGCCUAUCGGCGUAUUUGAGCAGCGGAAUUUUCCCGCACCAUUCUGAGGCCAAUAAGUUUUUCCCGUCAUCCGCGAAAGAUAUACUCAAUCUGCCCCCGCCAAAUUCCCAUCCAGUGCUGUUUGCACGCAAGCUCCUGAUACUUGGCGCAUUCUUACAAGGUGUACCUCCGAAUUGUACCCAGAAAUUGGGCACAUUAGGUGCAAAAUAUCGAAAUAUCAUGCUUAAUGUAGUUGAAAAAGCAACGAGACUCGUCACAACGAACGAAGAGCUUGUGGGCUCCGUUGAGGGCAUUGAGUGCAUUUUAAUCGAGGCUCUCUACCACAAUUAUGCAGGAAACUUAAAUAAAGCUUGGAUGGCAAUUCACCGGGCAAUUAAUGUUGCUCAAAUGAUGGCAUUACAUCGCGACUACAAUCUGCCAUCACUGGAAAGCUUCGGCCACGAAACGCGGAUAUCCUUUGACGAAUUAUGUUUUUAUUUGGCUAGGAUGGAUUGGUACCUUUCUCUUAUGCUGGAUCUGCCUCAGAGUUCUCUUGAAACUCAAUUUACCACGCCAGAGGCAUUAGCAAGGUGCCAACCCAUAGAUCGCGUACAGCGCAUUCAUUGCAUUGUUGCAAGGCGUAUACUGCAACGUACUGAGGCGGACCUCAAGGACUUGGCCAAUGUCUCUGAAAUCGACAAGCUAUUGCAGAGAGUCGCCGAAGAAGUGCCACCUCAGUGGUGGAUUGUUCCAAAUUUUGUUUCUCACAAUGGCGACAUCACCGAGCUCAUCAGUGACAUGCUUCGCGUGAUGGACCAAUUCGCACACCAUCAAUUAGUGAUACGGCUGCACCUCCCAUACCUACUGAAUCCUUCGUCUGACUCUAGAUACAAUCAGAGCAAAAUUGUAGCGGUUCAGGCCAGCCCCAUCAAGCUGAGCCGGUUGAUUCGUCAUCUGCUCACUAUUGAGUCCAAUGCUACCAAAGGCAUCGAAUACAACACUCACCUAUCCAAAGAUGAAAAGGACUGUUUGGUCCAACUGAAGAUGAGAAUGCGUUCCAGGGUCCCAAUUGCACUGGGCCCGGAGGAUAGCCAUCAGCUACAUAGCUCAGAAUUCUCACGGUCUGAAGUCUCUGAUUUCCCGUUGAUGGAGUUAUCAGCUUUGGGUAACAAUGUAGCUAUGGAAGACGACUAUGGCUGGGAUUUACAGGGAGUGGAUCUAGCUCUCUUUAACGGCAUCUUUCACGGAAUUGAAAUUCCAGGCGCCGAGGAUGGGGAGAAUUGGGGAGCCUGGAAAAAUUAA